UAGGUCAGCAUGGCAGCAGGUGUAGCGGCAUGGCUCCCAUUCGCCCGAGCGGCGGCCAUAGGAUGGAUGCCCGUGGCGAGCACCCCGAUGCCCAUCCCUCCCCAAGAAAAGAAGAAAGGCCAGGACGGACUCAUCAUCCUCAACGUGAGUGGGACUAAGUUUCAGACGUGGAAAACCACUUUGGAGAGGUACCCGGACACUUUGCUGGGGAGUACAGAGAGAGACUUCUUUUUCCACGAGGAGACAAAUGAGUACUUUUUCGACCGUGACCCUGACAUCUUUAGACAUAUCCUCAAUUUUUACCGCACGGGGAAACUACACUAUCCGCGCCAAGAAUGCAUAUCUGCAUACGACGAGGAGCUCGCUUUCUUUGGUAUAAUCCCCGAGAUCAUUGGGGACUGCUGUUAUGAGGAGUACAAGGACCGCAGGCGCGAAAAUGCAGAGAGGCUUCAAGACGACGAGGAGAUGGACAUGAGCAAUGACGUCACGCCGGUGAACCUGACGUACCGGGAGUUCCUGUGGCGGGCAUUUGAAAACCCUCACACCAGCACCUUAGCUCUGGUUUUCUACUAUGUCACGGGCUUCUUCAUUGCCAUAUCAGUCAUGGCUAAUGUGGUGGAGACGGUUCCGUGUGGGACUUUACCCAACAGGUCAAAGGAGAUGUCCUGUGGAGACCGUUACGCACUGGCUUUCUUUUGUUUAGACACGGCCUGUGUCAUGAUAUUCACUGUUGAGUAUCUCCUCCGUUUAAUCGCAGCUCCCAGCCGGUACAAGUUCAUGAAAAGUGUGAUGAGCGUCAUCGACGUGGUCGCCAUCAUGCCUUACUACAUCGGCCUGGUCAUGACAGACAAUGACCAGGUGAGCGGGGCUUUCGUCACGCUGAGAGUCUUCCGGGUCUUUCGGAUUUUCAAGUUCUCCCGGCACUCCGCGGGGUUGCGCAUCCUGGGCUACACCUUGAAGAGCUGUGCCUCCGAGCUGGGCUUCCUACUAUUCUCCCUCACCAUGGCUAUCAUUAUCUUUGCAACGGUCAUGUUUUAUGCAGAAAAAGGCUCCACAGCCAGCAAGUUCACCAGUAUCCCCGCAGCGUUUUGGUACACCAUUGUCACCAUGACAACACUGGGGUACGGUGACAUGGUGCCAAAAACAAUCGUGGGGAAGGUGUUUGGGUCCAUAUGCUCUCUGAGUGGGGUGCUGGUCAUCGCCUUGCCUGUCCCUGUCAUAGUGUCAAACUUCAGCCGUAUCUACCACCAAAGCCAGCGGGCAGAGAAACGACGAGCCCAGAGGAAAACUCGGCUUGCUAGAAUCCGUGCUACGAAGACUCGAGGCACUAAUGCCUAUAUGCGCUACAAACAAAAUGGGCUCCUGAUCAACUCACUGGAGGAGGCCUCCAAGCAGGCAGGAAAAGCCCUGGUGGCGAAGGCCGCCACUCCUCCUUUUGAGAGCCAACAUAAUCACCUGCUGCACUGCCUGGAGAAGACCACGAAUCAUGAGUUUGUGGACGAGCAGACAUUUCAGGCCAACUGCAUGGAGAUCUCUGUGACGAACAAGUCGGGCUCCCGUUCAUCCUCGCUGUCCUCAUCUCCACAAGGCCUUAGCUCGUGCUGCUCUCGACGCCACAGGAAGAAGAGCAGCUUCAGCCUGCCCAGCACAAACAACCAGGAGCUCAGCACCAUACAGAUAAGAGAGAGGCCAGUGGCCAACAGUCGCUCCAGCCUGAAUGCCAAACUUGAUGAGACUGUGCCCUUGAAAUGCGACAAACCUUACAUCACUCCAUCCAUGGUCAGCCUAUCUGCCCCCGUGGUGACCUCAUCAGACGGGCGCGGUUCAACCACCACCACCGCAUACUCUCAAAGCAACAUUGUCCGAGUAUCUGCCUUGUAGUUGUCAUGCCUAUAAGAUCAGCUUACUGGUCUCAAGAAGCACCAGAUGCUGAGGAGAGGGACCACUGAGCAUCAACCUGCCAUAAUCUAGAGGGAUUAUAAGAUAAGCAGAAGCCGGGGUUUUUGAAGUAGUGAUCUCAUCUGAUGUCAAACUCUGCAUGGUAAUAGAAUGAUGUGGACGACUGCCUUGGAAAUAAAUGUGAACCAGCAGAUCUUGCACCAUUAAGCACAGCAGACCAAGGAAUUGUUGGGAUUGAGGGAUUAUCGUUGUUGCCUAAAAAAAACUUUAUUUUUGAAUAUGUAAUGUAGUUGUAUUUGUUGUCUUCUGAUUCAAAGGAGAAAAGGCAGAGGUUAAAGGUCAUGCUUGAUGGCCUCUGAUGACAAAGCACACAUUACCUGAGGGCCAUCGUUGUGAAUAUUAAAUCGGUCUACUUACACAUUAGAAACAUUCACUUCACUCACCACCACCCAGUUAAAUAGAUUGUUUUGAAACCCCUCAAUUAACUGGUUUCUAAUAGUCCCCUCACUGUUGUAAAUUCAGAAAACAUACAUCUUCUGGAAUGGAUAACUGUUGUGAAUAUUCAUUAACUGACUCAUUAAGUGGUUGAUGUCAUCGCUUGAUGAGUAAAAUAUUAUACGCAUCCUGACAUGUUUGUGAAAUGUGCAAGUGAAAGUCCAAAUGACAAAGUCUUUGUUAUCUUUCAUAUUUGACAUUCUGAUAUGGAGCUAUGUUAAAGCCACCUCAUCAUCAAGCCAAGUCACAUUUACAAUUGAUACUGAAAACUAUACAGGGUACAUAUAAGUUAGGUCACAUGGUAGAAAUAUAAGUGAAUGUUUCCGCAACACUUAACUAAUACUAACCCUAUUGUGGACACAUAGUAUUGACCUGGAAAACCAUAUGAAAGAGUGUAGAACAUCAAUUCCAUUGAGUUCCUCUUAAAUUAUAUUAUUAUAUUCAUAAGCGAGACUUGGUAGAUUUCACUGUGUUAAAGGGCCAUUUUGUACAUUUUUCAUAUUGUAAAUAUCUCAGUUAGAACUUUAUCAACUGCAUUUGAAGUUGGCUCUUAUUUCUAGAUUUAGUUGACACUUGUUGGCAUACUAUUUCCAGUCU